AUGGCAUCAUUCUCGAGUCUACGAUAUCCUGCCCGAUUUGGGCCCAGCAACCUUGGGGUACUCUGGGCCGUCAUCUUCUAUGGUGUUCCCCUGACCAACAUCGCCGUCCACCUCGCCUGGCUGUUGGCUCUCCAUCCCAUUUUCUCUUCGCUCCCGAUAAACCACAAGCGCCUUUCCGACUACUUGCACCGUAACUUUAUGCUCAGCCCAAGCGACCCUCGCCUGCUCACCUUGAUCACCUCGGCCUUCAGUCACAUCCAGCCAUUGCACCUUUUUGUCAACAUGUCAACAUACAAGACAUAUGUGGAAUCGUUCUAUCUACUCGGCACCUCACCUGCGCGGUUUAUUCUACUCGCCCUGGGCAGUGGCCUUGCCGCUGGUCUCUCACACGUAUACAGCACUCGGCGCCGACGCGGGGUCAAGAGCCUCGUGGACAAAACCGCUGUCGGAGCUAGCGGCAUCCUGACCGGCCUCGGCACGGCACUGGCGUGCAUGUUUCCCACGCUGAAGGUCCGUCUCUCUGGAACAGACCAGGUGUUACCGUUGCGUGUUGUCGUCCUUGGCAUGUUCGCCGUAGAUGCCUACUGCUUGAGCACCGAGCGAGAAACCGGAGUGGGACACGCUGGACACCUCGGAGGUGCCGUCUUUGGUCUAGCAUACUUCCUGUGGCGAAGAGCCACGGGGUCUUGGAAUUUAUGA